AUGGGGCGCUCUCGUAGUGCGGCGUUGGCUGGUGUUGCGGCAGGUCUUGGCGGGCUUGUCCUCAGCUCGCAGGAGUCCUUCGUAUCCGCCCCUGCGCCCACACGAACACAACAGAGCCGCCCACAAGCUGUUCAGACAGCACAGGGGUCUGUGGGAUUUUCAGGAGCUGUCCUUCCGGCUGUUUGUGGUGGAGCCCUGGCCAUAGCCGCCGGCCGAUCGCGUCGUCGAGGCCAUGGACUGCUGCCAAACUCAGCGCCAGCGAGCAUGGUAGCAAGGCCUGCCCUGGAUCAGUCCAGUCGCUAUGCGGAUCUGUCAUUGAGCGAGGAGGACCUUGUUAGAAAUGGCAAGCACGUACUAGUGGCCUACAUCAUGAAGCCCAAGGCAGGCUAUGACUACCUGGCAACUGCUGCCCACUUCGCUGCAGAAUCAUCCACGGGAACCAAUGUGAAUGUGUGCACCACGGAUGAUUUCACCAAGUCCGUUGAUGCCUUGGUGUAUUACAUUGACCCAGACAGUGAGGAGAUGAAGAUCGCGUACCCCACGUUGCUCUUCGACCGCAACAUCAUCGAUGGCCGCGGCAUGAUGUGCUCCUUCUUGACCCUGGCCAUUGGCAACAACCAGGGUAUGGGUGAUGUUGAGUACGGCAAGAUUUACGACUUCUAUUUGCCUCCCUCCUUCCUCCGCCUUUACGACGGCCCUGCCGUUAACGUGGAGGACAUGUGGCGCAUCCUGGGCAAGGGAACCAGCAACGGAGGUCUUGUG